CAUUCGCGGCGUCCACGCGCUCCGGGGACGCCGAUUGCCGCCAUCGCCGCAGUCCGCAAACGACGCCGACCGCGUAGGGGCGCCUCCGUCACGGCGCUCAUGUACGCCGCGCAGCAGGGGGACGUUAGAGGAGUUAAAAGGAUCAUACAUAAACAGCCAUCGUUGGUCUUCGGGACCGACCGCUCCGGCAAGACGGCCCUGCACUACUGUACCACGAGCACCAGUGGCGUGCGCGCCGCCCAGGCCGCGGACCUUCUGGUCAUGGCCGCCCCUGAGCUGGUCGAAGGCAGGGACGACGACGGGUUCACGCCGCUCCAUCUGGCGGUGAUCGCCGGAAACAUGCAGUUGGUCACGUUCCUGUUGGCUAAUGGAGCUGAUGUCAAUGCGGUGGAUAAUGAGGAGCACACGGUGGUGCAUUGGGCUGCAGGUGAGUCACGUAUGUGGUGAAACAGCCGCUCUACGAGCCGUUUUGGCAGCUGGAGCUCCAGUUUCAACCCCCGAUGUGCACGGAGGGUAUCCAUUGCAUUAUGCUGCUCAAAUGUGUGGUGAGGACAAAGACUCAAACCUAGGCAUUCAAGUCCUGCAAAGCCUUUUGUCGCACCCGAACAUCGACGUGAACGUCACCGACGGCGACAAGCGUACGCCACUGGUCUGGGCGGCGAGCGCGGGCUCCGCCAGGGCCGUACUGGCCCUUGUGCGCGCCGGAGCUUCCGUCGAGGCUGCAGACAGGGACGGACUCACUGCGUUGCAUUGCGCGGCUUCACGAGGACAUACCGACUGCAUGGAUACGCUUUUGACGCUGUGCGGGACAUCGACGGAUGUCAUUGACAGCAACGGGUGUACCGCUUUGCAUUAUGCUGUUACGUUGGGUCAUGCAGACGCAACUGCCCUUUUGCUGGCACAUGGCGCAGACCCGAACAAGCAGGAUAGGAAAGGAAGAAGUCCUGCUCAUUGUGGCUGCGCUAAAGGACAAUUUGAGACUGUCAAGCUAAUCGCAGGUUCCCAUGGAGCCAAUUUGUGGCUGAAAAACGCUCGCGGCGACUUUCCACUACACGAUGCAGCAGGAUCCGGUAGGAGAGAUCUGGUGAAAUGGCUUUUAGAAAUGAGGCCAAGCCAGGUCAAUGCUAGGAAUAACGACGGACGGUGUCCCCUUCACAUGGCGGCUCUAAACGACAAUGCGGAUACGUGUAAGAUUCUGCUGGACUUCGGCGCGCAUAUCAACCCGAUACUUCGAACUUCCAAGAACGUGUUCAUGACGCCGCUUGAUUGCGCGCUUCAGAGGGGCUUCCGAUCCACGGCGAAGUUCCUGCAACUUCACGGAGGGGUACCAGCCUCGAGACUGGGAGACCAACGACAUCCAACAACCGCUAGUGCCUUAAACCUCAACAUUAGGGAUGACGUAACUCUCUUGGGUGGUAGUAGUUCAGAAAGUGAGAGAGAGGUUGACAAAACCGAUCGAAGCUACAAGAAAAAGUUUCAUCACAGAUUUGAAAAAAAGAUCUCUGGAAGUGAUAAGGACAGUCAAAGGGGUGGGAGAGGGUCCAGAGUAGGAAGCGCUCUGCCUUCAAGUAGAAGAAAAAUGGCGUCGAGUAGACUAGAUUACACUAACGAAAUUAUAAUCAACGGUAAAACAGAGAUAAACAUCCAUCAAACCAAAGAAAUUGUGAUAGACAAGGAAACCACAACUGUAGAAAAAGGGGAAGAAACUAUAGUUAGGGAAGUAACUAGCUCUAAUGCAGAAAAGUUAGUAAGACCAAAAAGUGCAAAGUAUAAGCAUCUGAAACAGAAAUCUGCCAGUCGGUCAAGCGUGGAACGAGAAAUUAGGGAUAAGGUCAUCAGUCCUGAAUCCGUCAUUCCAAAAGCACCUCUGAAGAGAGAGGCAACUGUAAGGGAUCAAAGCACAAACACUUCAGAUGAAACUGAAACAGCAGGAGAAACUCCUAGGAAAGUAAAUGUCAAAGCUGAAGGUGCUCCAGUAUCAGAUAAUAAGCAGUUGAAUGUUGUUAAAGAGAAAUUGGAUCAACAGUCGAUCAUAUCCAAUACUAGUGAAGAUAUUGAAGAGCAGAAGAAAGAUAUUGUAGUGGAAGCAGCUGUCCAUGAACCUCCUAGAACUGCAAGUGAACUAGAUACUAGCAAACAGGAGAUAACAGGAGAAACUGAGGUAGAUGCCAAGAGGCAGUCAGAAGGUAAAGAGUCUGAAACUAAGGGGGAAGAGAAUGCUUUAGAAGCUAACAGAAAGGAGGAGAUUACCGUGAAAGAAGUUACAAUACAGGAAAGAGUUGACCAGGAUCAAACGGAGAAAGAGGUUCCAUCAGACAUGAGGGCUUCAGAGAGCAGCAUCCCUACAGAAGGACAGGAUGCAGUGUUUGGAGAGUCCGUAAAAGGUGAUGAACGUGAAAGUAAUGAUGCGGAACGGACUGGCGAAGCUACUCAGCAGGAAGAAAAGGCUGAUCAGAAACAAAUAGAGGAGGACGAAGCUAUUGCUGAGAAGAUACUUGAAAGCUUAAAGCCUGCUAGUGAAGAUCUGCAAAAGCAAACAGAUGGUGUAGAAGAGAAACAUGACACAGGGGAAGCAACCAAGGGGGAUGAAGCAAAAGGUGAUGAUGUGAAUGACAAAGAAACUGAUACGAAACAGGAAAAGGAGAGAAAAGAAGAUGAAUUGGCUGUUAAGGGUGACGUUGUUCGUAGACGUGGUGAAGCAAAAUAUCUCAAAAAGGGUACAGGUCAAACUGAUGCAGUAAAGAAGAAAGAAACGGGUAAGAAAGAAACUGUCGAGAAAAAAACUGUCAAAAAGGAACCAGCACGUGAGGACAAGGUUCCUACUAAGGGAGCGAAAGACAAGAAAGUAGCGAAAGAAGAGAAACCUAAGCAGGUUCAGACGGAAUCGAAAGAAAAAACUACGGAAGAAGCGGGUGAUAGUAAUGAAGAGGAAGAGGUGGAGUCGGCUAGCGAGAAGACGCACAAAAGCUUCAGGGUAUUGAAUGAGGAAGAAGCUACCAACUUGGAGAGGGCCAAGCCAAAAAGGCAAGUCAGGAGAGGCUCUCCUAGGUCUAAAUCGGAAGAAGUGAAAGGCAAGAAAACUGCGAGAAUCAAAUAUAUGAAGCCUAGCAAGAUACCAACGCCGUUGUACAGGAACAAGCUGUCAAAAAGUGACAGGUAUCUGGACCAAUCUCAUUUGGACCAACAUCUGGACACCAGAGUACCUUCUCUUCCAAACAUCCACGGCCAGCAACUAUUGAAAGAGCCAUCAAGGUGCGAGUCCAACUUAUCAGCACCAAUCAUGCCUUCGAUGUACAGCGAUAACGAAAGGGGCAGUGGAUCAGACGAAGAGGAUCGGUUGAAAACGAGAAAAAGGGUGAAGAGGAGAUCGCGGACCAGAGACUCGAAGAGCGCUGGGAGUGAUUAUGAAAGUAGCAAUUUGAUUGAUUCGGGGUUCGAACCUAGUCCUAGGAGCACCAGGAUACCGAAGUGGAGGAACAUGUCGGAACGAGGAGUGGAUAUGACUAGUGUUACGCAAAAUAUUCAGAGCAAUGUUAGAAGAUACCACCUAGAAAGAAAAAUCUUCCACCAAUUACUAGAACUGAAACGGCACCAAAUCCGAGCAGGCCAACACAAUGAAGCUGUGUUGGUAAAAAGAGCCAUAGACUCUUAUAAUCAAUCUUGUGCUUCAACCGUUGGGGUCGGAAAGUACAUUCCCGAGGACUACUCGUUCAAGAGUUUCGAGAAGUUCCUGUACGAAGCUUUGAGAAAGCUGCAGAAAAACGGUACGGAGUACAUGAAGGGUUUGCCUUUUGGACAGCAAAACGCGAAUCCCUUGUUGUGUACCAGAAGUACGAAUAGGUGUAUGCAUGCUACGCAUGCGUAUACGGGAGUUCCUUGUGCAGCGUAUUUGCCAAAAAUGGACCACCACACGAUCCCCAAGAUCGGCUUUGACUCGAUCGAAUGUAAGCCUGGAACCGGUUUUCUACCCCACAUCCACUCCAAAAAGGCUGUAACGUUAGAGUUGAGCCAUGGUGCUGACAAACAAAUCAUCUCACUGCCCACUGAUAGGUUAGAUUCUAGCAAAAGGUACUACGUCACGUUUACCGUUAAAGGUAAAGACGUACCGUCACCUCAUGACGAAGAGGACCAAAAUGUUGAAGCUCACAGGCACUCCAAGAGUGACUGAGCGUUGUUUAUUUACAUGUUUGUGAUGUAGUUAUUGCUCGGAGUGUAUGGACUGCCUAAAUAUCGCAGGUGAAUUAAGAAAGGAAUAUCAAACCUCGAAGUGGAUGCUCGUCAGAAUCCGAUAUACAGGGUGUUUCAGUUUAUUGUUGCAUAACUUUAAGAUUCGAUAGAACUUUUAAAAUUAAUGCAUAAAGUAUAUAUAAACAUGGGUCGAAAAAUGCGUUGCUUCCGAAAUACAGGGUGUUUAAACUUACUUUCUAAAAUAGUUUUUUUUUAAUAUUUCGAACAAUAUUUGAUGUAUAACAGUGAAAAUUGGUAUACAAGGG